UUGGCGACUGGCGUGUACAUAUGUACCUAAUUAAAGUUUAUACUUUGAGAGUUAAAACAUGCUUUAAAUAGGUAUAUUAAGUAGAAAUACAUCAACAUGGAGGAGGACGAUCCAAUAGUGCAAGAGAUACCAGUUUUUUUAUCUCAAGCUCUUGCACAAAAUCUACAUAUUUACCAGUAUCCGGUGAGACCAGCUAAUCGGGACUGGAAAGAAGUUAAAGUAGUAAAUGCAUCUAUAAAACCAAAAAAUAAAUUAGUUCGAAUGGAGGUCGGUUUGGAUGUAUAUAGUGAUAAAUAUUGCGCUUCUAAAGGAGAGCAAAUAGCAGUAAAUACAGAUGGACUUCAGGGAUUUAUAAAAGAAAAGUCAGCUGAAAAAGCUAGGUAUUUUAAAAGUGAUGUAAUGGAUAAAAUAGUAUAUGAAAGCAGUAGUACAUGUAUUGACACUAAACACUAUGCUGUUGGCUUGCUGCAGGACAAGGAACUGCAUUGUACACCAAUACAAGGUAUUGUUCAACUUAGGCCGUCAUAUUCAUAUUGUGAUAAACAAGACAAACGGAAACAAGAGAAGAAAGAAUUAGAUAUAUCUGACGAUGAAGAAAAGGAACCUGAACCGCAGCAGGUGACAGUGAAGUUUGCAAGAGUAGAAACGGAGGUAGCCAAAAAGGCACGAGAGAAAUCCUUCCACACAAUCAGUCAAAAAGUUGCGGAAGAACCUUGGUAUGAUGCUUUGUGGAAAGGUGCCCAGAGUGAUACAGCUGAGCUGGAAAGGCUGAAACUAUUUAGUUCUACAACGUCAGAUGGUUCGGCGCUGACAUUAAGUGCGCGGGAUUAUAUUCGAGAGUUGGUACCUAAGGCGGUGGAGGACAUUGAAGAUGUUCCUGAGAAGAAACUCUCGCUACAAGAUCAGAUUAAGGAGAAACUUAUUGAUGCCAAGCUGAUGACGUUCGCGGAGCUGCGCAGUGCGUUGAGCGAUAGCGGCGCGAGCGAAGCGGCGUUGCUGACUGCGCUGGGCGCCGCCGCGUGCUGCGUGCGCGGGCUGUGGGCCGCGCGCAGCGCCGACGUGUUCCCGCGCGCCGCGCCCGCGCCGCCGCGCCUGCUGUGCGCCGCGCGCGACCACGUGUUAUAUCUCUUCACGCAACACGCCUACGUUGACCGGAGAAAAAUCACUGCCGCCGUCCGCUUGCCGCCAGACGAAGUGCUGGCAAUUCUGCAAUCCGUCGCAAAACUCAACCCCAACACUGGUUGGGAACUGAUCCUGCCACCAGAUGUCGCUUUCGAAGCGAAAUACCCCGAUAUAGUGCAACGACAGAACCUCUACUGGGAAGCGAGACAGAGACAGUUCAACGAAAUGCUAAUGGGCGAAUGUGUUCCAAAACGACAAAGGAAGAAAUCUCAAAGAGAUUCAAUAAGUUCGGACACAAUGCUCAGCCCGAAACCGAGGUGUAAUAGUGUUAGUGAAGAGGAAAGUGAUAGGAAACGACAUAAAAAUAAAUCUAGUACAGGGAUCGGUAAACGGACUAGAAAUGUGAGCGGGGGCCAGGAUACGUGACUCUAAUGUUAAGUAGGUUAUCAAUUAAUGUGAAAUUUCACUGUGUGGUUCAAAAUCACGAGGAAUCAAACUAGAAAUUAUAUUUGAAAGUGUUGAAGUGAAAUGGAUUGCAUAAUUUUAUAUUAAAUUUGAAUGGACUUAUAGUAUAUCCUAUCCGUUGAAUAUUCUUGUUAUCUUCCCAGUGGCGAAAUUACGUUAAUAUUUAUAAGUGAAAAUGUGAUUUCUGUACUGUAUAUACUGUCUGUUUUUAUUGUGUAUGCAUGUCCGGUAACUGAAUAUUGUUAUUUGAUACGAAUAAACGAUUAAGAAUUAUAA